AAGGCUCAGAGGCAGAAGCGCUCGCAGGGCUCCUCGCAGUUCCGCAGCCAGAGCAGCCAGGUGGAGCUCUCGCCGCUGCCCCAGCUCAAAGGUACCGCCGUCCCCCCGCGGCCCUGCUCCCGUACAGGUGCCCCCGGGGCCGUUUCCCCGUGCCUUCCCCCGGGUCCUCCUCGCUCACGGGCUCGCUUUGGCGGUCCGUGCUCCGCUAAACGAGCGUCCUGCGGGACGGCCGUCGCCCGCUGUCCCGGAGGCUGCCCCCGCUACCGCGCUCCCCUCCUCCGGGUCACCUGGGAGCGAGCGUCGGCGGGGCAGGUGCUCCUGGAGAGGUCUUGCCGCACAAAAUGCAGAGUUUAGGAGCGAGGGGAUUGAACGCUGCGGCCCGGGAGCGAGUGGUGGCUCCUCCCACGGGGGGUUUGCCAAAGGAACUCUGUGCUUGUGACAUAACGCUCUGAGUUAGCGGAGAGAGUUUGCUUUCGGCCCGCGUGUUCUUUGCCGUCUCUCUGGGACGCGGUGUGGGUCACCUGCUGCCUGCCUUGGUGGAGCGGCGGAGGCUCAUCUCCGGGCUGUGCGCAGUGAAUGAAGAGUUUUGGCUUUGGCGUUCAAAUCGAUGCCACCUCCAAUGAACAGCAAGAUCUUUUCUGUCAGAAGUUGCAGCAGUGUUGUGUGCUCUUUGACUUCAUGGACUCUGUUUCAGACCUGAAAGGCAAAGAAAUUAAGAGAGCAACACUGAAUGAACUGGUUGAAUAUGUUUCAACGAAUCGUGGAGUGAUUGUUGAAUCAGCUUAUGCUGACAUAGUGAAAAUGAUUAGUUCUAAUAUUUUCAGAACACUUCCACCUAGCGAUAACCCAGAUUUUGAUCCAGAAGAAGAUGAGCCAACUCUUGAGGCCUCGUGGCCCCACAUACAGUUGGUGUAUGAAUUUUUCCUAAGAUUUUUGGAAAGCCCGGAUUUUCAGCCUAGCAUUGCAAAGAGAUUCAUUGACCAGAAAUUUGUACAGCAGUUACUGGAGCUCUUUGACAGUGAAGACCCACGAGAACGUGAUUUCCUAAAGACAGUUCUUCAUCGAAUUUAUGGCAAAUUCCUUGGUUUAAGAGCAUUCAUCAGGAAACAGAUCAAUAACAUUUUCCUCAGGUUUAUAUAUGAAACAGAGCACUUCAAUGGUGUUGCUGAACUUCUUGAGAUAUUAGGAAGUAUUAUCAAUGGUUUUGCACUGCCACUGAAAGCGGAACACAAACAGUUCCUUAUGAAAGUUCUGAUUCCCAUGCAUACUGCAAAGGGAUUAGCUUUGUUUCACGCACAGCUCGCCUAUUGUGUUGUACAGUUCCUGGAGAAAGAUACAACUUUAACAGAGCCUGUAAUCAGAGGACUGCUCAAAUUUUGGCCCAAAACUUGCAGUCAGAAAGAGGUAAUGUUUUUAGGUGAAAUUGAAGAAAUCUUAGAUGUAAUAGAGCCGACACAAUUCAAAAAAAUAGAAGAGCCUUUAUUUAAGCAAAUUUCCAAGUGUGUGUCAAGUUCACAUUUUCAGGUUGCAGAAAGAGCUUUGUAUUUUUGGAAUAAUGAAUAUAUUCUUAGUCUGAUCGAGGAGAACAUUGAUAAAAUUCUACCAAUUAUGUUUGGUAGUUUAUACAAGAUCUCCAAAGAACACUGGAACCCAACCAUCGUGGCACUGGUAUAUAAUGUGCUGAAAACACUGAUGGAAAUGAAUGGCAAGCUUUUUGAUGAGCUUACCAGCUCAUAUAAAGCAGAAAGGCAAAGAGAGAAAAAGAAAGAAUUGGAACGUGAAGAACUGUGGAGAAAGCUAGAGGAGCUAAAGCUGAAGAAGGCUAUGGCAGAGAAGCAGAACAGCACUCACAACGUGCUCAAUGCACACGAUACAAGUGCCAAAUAAAAGAAAUGACAACCUCCACUCAAGAAACAUACUUUUUUGUACCCUUUUGAAAUACGUAAAAAUUUGCAAAAUAAACCUCAUCAGUACAGUAGGAACAGCCAACUUUUCUCUGGCUAAAUGUAAAGAUUUGAAUUUAAAUACAGCAUUUAAGUGAUGUCA